CGCAGUUGCUAAGAAUGAGCCUCGCGCUGGUGAGGGAAGCCACGACGGGAGUACGGCGCGUGCGCAGAGUCGAGAUCGCGAUCGCGAUCGCGAUCCGUCUAAUGCGGUGGUUCUGGUUCCCCCAGGUCUUUGGGGGCGGAGGCCAAACCUGGGGUCAGGCGGCACUACCUCCAUUUUAUAGAUGAGGAAAAAUGACCGGACUUGCACAGUGAGUAAAUCACUGGGUCCCGACAUGAAUGCAGGUCAUACUGACUACAAAGCAAUCUGGCUUUUCAGGGACAAAAAGAUGAGAGGGAGAGCCAAGAGGAAGUUGAAGAAAAUGAGCUGACACCUUAGGGGGCUGCAGAAGAACAGAUCUGGAGAUAUUAUGAAAGCCCUGUUCUUCUGAAUUUCACACUCGAAACCUCUCCUUCCUGAGAAAACAGCACCUCGGGGGUGCGUUGAAGAUAUUUUUGCUCUAAGAAAAUAUUUGUCAGCCGGCAGGGCCUGUACUGCUGGAACCCCCCAACCGAUGGCAGGCCGGAGACGUGUGCGUGGCCAGAUGCGGUGUCUCCACUCCCCAGCACGAGCGGACAUCGUCCGAAAUGGCCUCUAAAGGUUGCCUCAGAGCCGGAAGUGUCCCCGAGAGCAAGCACACGUUCCCGAAAGCCCGUCUUUUUGUCUGACUCAGGUCCAGAGCAAGCAGAAGCUCUCGCCCCAUGAGCGCCUCGGGCUGGUUUCGCUUUCCUGCCCCACUGGCCAGGAUGUGCCCAGUGCCGCGGGGCCUCUGGCGCGUGGGGAGGCCGACACUGUCAUCCCCGGGAACAGCAGUCAUUCCCAUCCAGGCGGCGGGCAAGAAGGACCGCCCUGCUCUGCUUGCCCUGGACGAGAGCGAACUUGAAGAGCAGUUUGUGAAAGGACAUGGUCCUGGGGGCCAGGCCACCAACAAAACCAGCAACUGCGUGGUGCUGAAGCACAUCCCCUCCGGCCUCGUCGUCAAGUGCCAUCAGACGAGGUCCGUCGACCAGAACAGAAAGCUAGCCCGGAAAAUCCUACAGGAGAAAGUGGACGUUUUCUACAACGGCGAGAACAGUCUUAUUUACAAAGAAAAACGAGAAGCAGAGAAGAAAAAGCAAGAAAGGAAAAAAAGAGCAAAGGAAACCCUAGAGAAAAAGAAAAUACUGAAAGAACUCUGGGAAUCGAGCAAAAACGUCCACAGAGAAAGCAGCGCAGACUCUGACUGGAGGAGUCCCCCAGGCCCCUCCCGGGAGUGACUGACAGCGGUCAGCGCAUGUCUGACAGGCUUAAGAGACGUGACAUUUUUUCGGCAGUGGAUGAAACCGUAGUGAACAGAGUUGCACACUUCUAGAGUAAAAGCGAAAGAAACAGCGAAGGCACUGUGAGAGUGGCCACGCUGGGGGGGGAACGGGUUGUCACUGUGAACUGGUACUUGGAGGGGUUCUCGGGUGGCUGACAGUUGUUUCUUGACCUGGGCAGUAGUUAGAAGGAAGUCACCUUAAUUCUUGAAGCUGUACAUUUAUGUGAUUGUAUCUUACUUUAUUAUCAAAGGUUAGAAAUAAACUUUUUUUUUUUCUUUUAAGUA